AUGCGGUCGGAUGGCGCUGGUAAGCAUGCCCUUGGUCCUUGGAGCCAGAAUUUGAUGCUCACAAUUCGAUCAAUCAGGCUUUUUCUGCUUCAAAUUCCCUUCAUUGCCCUCGCUGCGUCUCUGGUCUUUGGGAAACUGAAGCUUUCUCAUCGUGAUACGUCGAAAGCAUCCAUUCGCCGCGUGGACUUCCUGGGAACUGCCCUGCUCGGCCUAUCUAUCGUCGCCAUUAUCAUCCUACUGGACCGCGGCGGCCACGCCUUCCCCUGGGCCUCGUGGACCACUCUGGUGCUCGGUAGUGCCGGCCUGGGUUCUCUGACAACGUUUGUUUGGGUCGAGCUGCGCGUGGCCUCGGAGCCCAUAUUUCAUUUGGAUAUCCUGCGCCGCCCUAACGUGGCUGCCAGCUACCUCGUCGGAUUUCUGCAGAUCGCGUCGCAGCUGGGCAUGCUGUUCUCCGUGCCGCUUUAUUUCCAGGUCACGCAGCGGGCCUCGGCCACGGUCGCCGGCGGUCAUAUGGUCCCGGCAGUGGUGGGCAACACGUUUGGGGGCUUACUGGCCGGGGUAUUCAUCCGACGAACGGGCCGAUUCAAGUCUCUGCUGAUCGUCGCCGGACUGGUGGCGUCCAUCUCCCACGUGCUCCUCCUGCUGCGAUGGAACGGACGGACCGGGCCGUGGGAAUCGCUAUAUAUAACUCCCGGCGGACUGGGCACCGGAAUCGCAUCCGCGGCGGCGUUUGUCAGUAUGACCGCUCUCCUACAGCCACAGGAGGUGGCAAUGGCGACGAGCGGGUAUAUGCUUCUGGUCAGUCUCGCCAUGACCACCGGCGUGACCCUAACCAACACCGUGCUUGGACUCGGGUUUAAGUCUCAACUCCAGCAACAUCUGCACGGCGAAGGAGCCGCCGAGGUGAGUCUCUCUCCAACGAUGUUGAAGCUUCUCGCUAAUCAUACUAGAUAA